AUGGCACCACCGUCCUCCGAUCCGUCUCAACGCGACGUCGUCAGGAGGCAAAACAAAAGUGCUCCGUUCAAAUUUCUACUUCCGUUGGUCUAUGCUCCUGUUCUUCCUCUUAUUCGGAUUACGCUCCGGCACAGGCCGGUUUUGAGGGAUCGAGUGUUCACCGGUGUCUUGGCAGGAGCAUUUGUUCAUGGAUUUUACCUGGUAACAGAUCUAUAUGAUGCUGAGAGCAAAUGA